GGCUGCGGACAGCUUCAUAGCGCAGCGCUCAACCUGCUGCACCACAGGGGAGGCCCUUUCAUUUGCUUAUGUAGUGGAGAACAUUGCAAGUAGUUAGAACUUUUAUUUUGGAAUAUGCUACUCAUAUGACCAUAUUUAGAAAUGUUACAUGUAAUUUUGAUUAUAUCAUAUCUGGAAUGGUAAAAACUUAAAAAAAUCCAUAUAUGUAGGUCAUUAUUCUAUAAAUAAAGUCAGAACCAAAGUUUAAUAAAAGAAAGUAUACAUUGUAAUCCAUUUUAGGCAUUCUGGACUCAAGGGGAGGGCAUGAGCCUUGAGUUGGGAGUUCAGUGAUAGUGUAUUUUCAGUCUUGUCUAAUUCAGCCCACUCUCUUCUGCUUUUAAAACCAGUGAAACAAGUUGUCCAUUGGAGGAUUAUUAUAGUCUUUAAAACUAAUUGCACCUGAUUAGCAAAUUAGUCAGCAAGUGCAUUUUUUAACCGUGUAUUUGUAUUUACUGGCACUAGUACAUCCGAGUCCACAGGAAGGAUGGGUCUGCUCUGGAGCAGCUUGCAAAUAACUGCUAAAUUUGAAAUUAAGUCAUAGACUUACUUGUAGUAGCGGUUAGCUAAUGAACCUGUCUGUCUGUAGUUUCAUUUCAGGCUUAAAUUUAAGCAAUAUUUUUGGGGAGUAGAAUUAUAUUUUAUUUAUACCAUUUGGAUGCUACUUCCUAUUUUGAGUUCUUUUCCUCACCAUCAGCCUAACCUAUUCAGGUACCUGCACUUCUACCUCUACCUUUCUUUUUAAACUUAAUUACUCUAUAUUCAUUUUUCUCAGUAACCAGCAUCAGGGUUGAUUAGGGAAUUAGAGCAGCGGAGCAUUUAUACAGAUCCGGACUGUUCAUUAUGGAGGAGGAGCUGCAGCAUUCACAUUGUGUGAACUGUGUUAGCAGACGGUGCAUGACCAGACCAGAGCCUGGCAUCUCCUGUGACUUGAUUGGUUGUCCAUUGGUUUGUGGAGCAGUUUUCCAUUCUUGUAAAGCUGAUGAGCACCGCCUUUUAUGUCCUUUUGAACGAGUGCCUUGCUUAAACAGUGACUUUGGAUGUCCAUUUACAAUGGCUCGAAAUAAAGUUGCUGAACAUCUAGAAAUGUGUCCUGCAAGUGUGGUAUGCUGUACUAUGGAGUGGAAUCGAUGGCCGGUUAGUUAUGCAGAUCGGAAAUCCUAUGAAAAUCUAAGCAGAGAUGUUGAUGAAGUGGCACAAUUAGAUAUGGCCUUGGCCCUUCAAGACCAAAGGAUGCUUUUAGAAUCUCUCAAAGUAGCCACUAUGAUGUCAAAAGCUACUGAUAAAGUAUCAGAACCCAGAGAGCAAAUCUCAGUAAAAUCAACUGUUCCAGAAAUGCCACAUGCUAAUGGUUUGGUGUCUGUUGAUGAAGAAUCUUAUGGUGCACUUUAUCAAGCCACAGUAGAAACAACCAGAAGUUUGGCUGCUGCUUUAGAUAUCCUGAAUACUGCCACAAGAGACAUUGGCAUGUUAAAUGCAAAUCUCGGUGCUUCCUCAAGUGAAAUGGAUGAAGUGGAAAAUGCUAGAGAAAGAAACUCAAAAGACCAAGACCAUCUUUAUGAGGAUGAAAUAGGAGCAGUAGGUGGAAUUGACCAUAACGACACCAGUGAGAAUGCCCAGUCUGAACAAAAUGGUUCAAGUGAUUUAUUAUGUGACUUGAAUAUCAGUUCUUGUGGAACUUCUACUCUCUGUAAUGGCUUUCCUUUGGAAAAUAUAUAUACAGACGUCUUAGAACAGAAUCAGAAUUUACAUGGUGACUCAAAACAAAGUAACUUAACAAAUGGAGAAUGUGUAGCGUCAGAUGGCACUUCAAAACCUUCCAAUUCACUUUCAGUUGCAGCACAACUUAGGGAAGUAAUACCAUCCAAUGCUUUGCCGAAUGGUACAGUUCAGCAUAUACUCAUGCCGGAUGAUGAGGAAGAAGGAGAAGUGUAUUGGAGAAAAGUAGACUUAGGGGACUUGAGGAAUGUGGAUGUCUUGUCUUUCAGUCAUACCCCUUCAUUCAAAUUUCUUACUAAUUCGUGUUGGUCUAAACCAAAGGAAGAUAAAGCCGUAGAUACAUCAGAUUUGGAAGUUGCUGAAGAUCCAAUGGGGCUCCAAGGAAUAGAUCUCAUCACAGCAGCAUUACUGUUUUGUCUAGGAGAUUCUCCGGGUGGGAGGGGGAUAUCUGAUAGCCGCAUGGUGGAUGUUUAUCACAUUGACUUUGGGACUCAGACUUUUUCUCUUCCAUCUGCAAUAUUAGCUACGAAUACAAUGGUUGGGGAAAUAGCCUCAGCUUCAGCUUGUGAUCAUGCCAAUCCACAACUUUCAAAUCCAAGUCCUUUCCAGACACUUGGGCUGGAUUUAGUAUUGGAAUGUGUCGCUAGGUACCAACCCAAGCAACGUUCAAUGUUUACAUUUGUUUGUGGACAGUUAUUUAGAAGAAAAGAAUUUUCUUCACAUUUUAAGAAUGUGCAUGGUGACAUUCAUGCUGGACUCAAUGGCUGGAUGGAACAGAGGUGUCCUUUAGCAUAUUAUGGUUGUACCUAUUCUCAGCGUAGAUUUUGUCCAUCAACACAAGGAGCAAAGAUUAUACAUGACCGCCAUUUGAGGUCAUUUGGUGUUCAGCCAUGUGUGUCUACAGUAUUAGUGGAACCCGCUAGAAACUGUGUCUUGGGAUUACGUAAUGACCAUCUAAGUAGUCUCCCUUUUGAGGUUCUGCAACAUAUUGCUGGCUUUCUUGAUGGCUUCAGUUUAUGCCAGCUCUCGUGUGUAUCCAGGUUAAUGAGGGAUGUGUGUGGCAGUCUGCUUCAGUCUCGUGGAAUGGUCAUACUGCAGUGGGGCAAAAAGAAGUAUCCAGAAGGAAAAUCAUCAUGGCAGAUAAAAGAAAAGGUAUGGCGAUUCAGUACUGCAUUUUGUUCUGUUAAUGAAUGGAAGUUUGCUGACAUCCUCAGCAUGGCUGACCACUUGAAGAAGUGCAGUUACAAUAUUGUAGAGAAACGGGAGGAAGCAAUUCCAUUGCCCUGUAUGUGUGUGACACGGGAGCUCACUAAAGAAGGACGCUCACUUCGCUCAGUUUUAAAACCUGUACUUUAAAAACUGUCACUCCACUUGCACAUACAUGCAAGCACCUAGUUGAAUUUCUUUGUAAUACGAAACACUUUAUUAAUGUAUUAAAUAUUACAACUAGCUAAAUUUAUUGUCACUAUGUAUAUAAUGUUUUGAAGUGACAUAUAUUUUUAUAAAGUACUGUUUAGUUGGAAAAAGUUGCCUUAAUGUUUGAAAUGUGUGAAAUUUUUGCAACUUGCUGGACAGGGUGAUUUAAUUUUUAGCCACAUAGUAAAAUAUUUCAAACUUAGUAUUUUUAAUGGUGUGCAUAUUUUGGUUCUUAAAUUUUUUGCUUCUUAAACAUACAUUAUCCUGACCAACCCUUUACUCCUCGUGUUUUCUGUGGGUUACAACCCAUGCAUUCAAAAAGCAAAACUUUGAUUCAGAAUUUUGUCAAGUAGGUUUUUCAGAUAAAAAAUUCAGUUACUUAAGCACUGCCAUAAGAUCGUUAUAAAGUCUGUAGAUUGGUAAUAAAUAAAUGAUCUCUAAUAUACAUUUAUGUAAUAUUUAAAACCAUUACUACUGUUUGGUGAUUCUAUUUCAUUCACAAAAAUGUUUUCAUCUUAGGUUUCUGUAACUACACAGGAGUGACCCUUUGCAACUCUUUGUUUUCAACACCAUCUCCAGAGACUCGUGGCAGUGGGUUGUAUGACAAGUUAAUAUAAAAGCAAACCAAAAACCUGUGAAUUGACCUUAAUUUGAAAUGUGGUAUUAUGUAUUUGCUAUUUGGAAAGAAGAUAAUAAUACUGCAUUUUAAGUUUGAAUUGAGUAUAUUUUGUGAGUGAGCUUCAACUAUCCAGAAUCCAAAGGGCUUAACUUUUUUUUAUAUGCAUUUAAAAUGUUCAUCCUUUGAUGUUCAUAAAGGUCACAACUAUGCUGAUUUAAAAUAUUCAAAAUGUUAAUGUGAAAUUUGGUAUCUUUGUAAGAUGACAAUCAUGAAAUGCAAACGCCCGUCUUAGCUGACAAUCUCUUUAAAGCAUUUCCAAGUUAAUUUCCUAUAAACUUAUCUAACAAAAAAGUAAGAACUGCAUCCUUCUGUAAGGAUCAAGGUAUCAUAGAAAAAUAGUCAAGACCUAUUCUUGAGGUAUUUUAUUAUAGUUUUCAAAUUGAUUUAUACUAUCAUUAACCUGAGGUAGUCAGUUAAAAAGAAUGAACAGAUCAGUAUUUAGAAACAAAUCGCAAAGUUGGGAUUUGUAUUUAAAAUUUUUUUGAGUAACUUCUGUCAUCCGGUAACCUGAAAUGGUGACAAGUCACCUUGUUAUACAAAUCAGAACUCCAUUGUACCUUCUCAUCUUUUCCUACAUUUGUCCCUGCCAGUGCUCUAUUGUUACUAGAUUCUUGCCAUUCCCAUAAAUGGCAAUCAGUCUAGGCAGAGGCGUUCCUUGGGCAUUAGAAAAGAAUUCUGAACCUCUUAGGAUUUGUUUUGGUAGGAUCAAGUCCUUAUAUUGCACUCAAAAAAUAUAGCAUUAAAGACUAAUCAAUUAUUUUGCCUCACUUGUCAUUUUAGUUAGUGGAAUACUUAUUCCUGAGUGUGUAAAACUUUUUCAAAUAUGAAACUGAAUCUCUGAAACAGCCUCCAUUUUCUUGGAGGAGUCAGAUAUAAGAUAUCAAAAACUGUAAAAUAUAACCCUGCAUUUUAAAGUUUUGCUGAAGAACGUGUCUAUGGUUAGGAUAGCACAUCCACUUUCUGUUUUAUGGUUGUGCGUUUUAAAAUCCUUGGUUUCUAAGUUUAGAUUUCUUGUUUGCACACUGGAUCAUGAGAUAUUUAACAUUUUCACCUUAUAUUUGUUUUACACAUCUUUGCUUGUUUUCUUUUUUGUUUGUUAUGCCACCAUAAUUUUUGUUUAAAAUGUUUUCUUUGUGCAACAUUUCUUCAAAUUCUAAUAAAAUUAAUAUUUUUUCUUCAUAUGGCUCAGUAACUUAAAAAGAAAGAUUUUCAUUGAAAUAAAAUUGUAAUACUUGUCUGAUAAAUUCUAAACACAGUCAUAUUUCUGUAGUGAUUCUCUGCAUGUUAAAACAGCUACUUCAUGACCAUUUUGUUCACCUGUAUUUUACUUAUAAGCAUUAAAUUUUUUUUUAAUAUGAAAAAUUCAGUAGUUUACUUUUCUGCCCCUUUAAUAUCUCCUUGAAAGUAAUCUCAGCUAGGAAUAUUGAAAGGCUUAAGAUCUCCUGGCAAUAUUAUCUUUGCAAAACUUGGGAACCAUCAAUGUAGCCUUCUAAACAUGAAAAGGUUUUUAUGUUGGUGAAGUAACUUGUCCCUUGAGAAGUUUUUGUUGAUUGCUUUUCCUUUGCUAACCAGCAAUAUAAAGGGCAAGUGUCAGGACAGAGGAAAGUACCUGAACCCAUUUUCAUCCUCUGCCUACUUUCCCAGAACUGCCAUUACCUUAAUGUAUGUCUUCCUCUUUAAUUGACUUUGAGACUCACAGAUCACUUAUAUUAGUGGUUGCCAGUGUGGUGGCUGGUGUUUUCACCUGGGAAGUUGUCAUAAUGCAAUUUCUAGGCUUCCCUCCAGACUUACUGAAUCAGAAUCCCUGGGGUAGGAGCCAGCAUCUCUUCAACAAAGGCCUUUUGGUGAUUCUGAUGGACAAAAUUUUGAGAACUUAAAGGAAAAGCUGGGACAUGCAUCUAUUCUCUGGAAUGAUGUAUUGUUGAAGUGGAUAUAUGUGUGUAUGUACGUGUGUGUGUGUACAUGUAUAAUCCAAAAUUAAAAGUAAUGGUAGUUUAUCAAUAUUAAUGGUUUAUUAUAUGUUCUCUCAAUCUUACAGUGAAAUAUAAAGUAAGUACUGUAGUUACUGAACAUUUUUUUAAAAUGUGUAUUUAUUAGUGUAUUAAAUUUGUUGUUGGUAGAAUUUCAUUAGUGUUCUGUUCAAGGUAAAUUGCAGUGCAACUUACAGUUCGUUAGCACUGACAUUUAGCCUAGUCAUUCAUUCUCUUAGUGGUUGCGAAGUCGUGUGAAUAUACUAGAUUUUUAGAAUAAGCAAGGAAGGUAGAAGUAGAUGAAUAUGGGAUUAGAUUCUACAAAAAUAAUUGUAGAAAUACUUUCAACCCUAUCAAUAAGAAAUAUUAAAGAUUGGGUUUCUGGUUUAUCAGUAAUAUAAAAUCUUUUUGGUCGUCAAGCCUGUGCUGCAUUUCUCAUCAGUGUUAUUGCUAUUUUAACUAUACCUUAACAUUAGAUAUUGGGACCUUAAUAAAGCUGAACAAAAUGGGAUUUCAAUAAAACUUCCACAUCCCUUAAAUAUACAGUGGUUUACAUUACUAUAUUGGUAACAGAUUUUUACCUCUUUCAAUUUGCAUGUAGUUACUGGUAUUUAGAAGCAAAACAGAGUUCUUUGUUUAUUCCAUUCCAAUCUAAACAGACAUAGGGUUCACUAAUUUUUAAUAUUUUCUGAGGAAUAAUAAUGCAAAUAUUGAAAAAACAUUUGUUCAUGUAUGAUGCACCACAUUGGAAGUUGAUGUUAUUGGACUCUGCAGAGGUGGAGAUUUAGAAGUGAGGCAGAAAGAAAGUACUCAGUCCUUAUUUUCUCAGUGGGCAGAACAAAGCUUUUUGAUGGGAAGACUUUUUCUGAUUGGCUCAUUUUCUGAAUACUGCUCUAGGUAGUCUUACUAGGCUCAUGAGGCCUAGGAAGCAAGAGAAUAUUAUUCUUUUAAAGAAAACUCGGUGACUCAUCCAUUGUGUUUAAUUCAGUGGUGGGUUUUGUUAGGGUAUGAUAUAAAUGUGACUUCCAAACAAAAACGGUUGAAAUUUGGAAGGAGGAAAGGCCAACCUGAGUGAACUUUUUUAAUGAAAAGAGGAUAAGAAAUGGGACAUUUAGAUGUAUGGGCAUUACUUUGGAAAAUAUUGUUGCCUAUGAUAUUUGAUUCCCAGUGUUUUGGAAAGAGUUACUGGUAAUACCAAAAGGAAACAAAGUAGAAAUUAACUAAUAUGGUAGGUUGCUCUGAAAACUCUUUGCAAAAACUUGGGUCUUUUGCUGAAUUUUUACAAGUGUUUUCUUGACUGUGUGAUUGAAAAAAUUAUAAAUUUGUUAUAUGUGUGUGUGUAUAUAUAUGCACAUAUAUAUAUUUUUUGCAUGAUUAAUAUCCACAAAUUGGCCAAAUAGAUUUUAAUAUAUCUUAGGGUGGAUUAAUGGAGCUACACCUUAAUUUGUUUUUUAGAACAUUUCAAAACUGGAAUUUUCUGUUAAAAACGUUUGACAUUGCAAUGUCUUAAUGUGGGGAAAGACUUUAUUAUUAAGCUACAAAGAAAUGGGUUACAAGGACAAUUCAUGAACACUAUAGAAAAACAGUAAGAAAUCAUUAAUAAGAAUCUUUUAAGUCAUCUUUUGACUAAAACAUCCAUUAUUUCCCAAAGCGUUUCUAAAGCAACCUAACAACAUAAGGAAAAUGUUUGUUUUUCACUAACAACUGAUAAUAUUUAAGCAUCCCCCAAGUCAUUUUAUUAGCCCGUUUGCAUGCAAAUAUAAGAAAUGAUUCUUUUAUACAUAGUUAAUUCUAAAGGUGUUAGUAGUGUAUGUGUGUUUAAUAAUAAUAUAAUAAUAAUAAUAAAACUGCAUUUCUGUCAAAUUGUCCUUUCCCAGUAAAAGCCAGUUUAUUAGGCUUAGUUUUUACCCAUUCUAAUACAAAUUGCUUGAUUUCUUUUUUUUCCCAACAAGAUCCUUAAACAGUAAAUAGGUUAACACAAAUGAAUGUGUUAGCUUAUUCUUUUGCAGAGGAACUGGCUAGAUUUAGAUAGGGGUAGCUUCCUUCUACCCCUUCCAGUUAAAGAAUAAAGUAUUGCAUUAUUAUCCAGUAGCUGAUAAAAAAGAACAAUCAUAAUUUGUUACUUCUCAAAAGGUUGUAGUUGAAGAAAAAGAUUCCUGUCUUUGCUGUUCCAGCAUCUUUUUUUUUCAUUGAAGCCUUCCUUUCCCUGUGGUAAUUAUUGCUUUAUCCCACAACUUUUUCUGAUCAUUUGAUCAAAAAACCUAGCUUAAACAUGGUGUUUUAAGAAUAUUGUUCUGCUAAGCAAUUGAUUUUUAGUAGUUUUUGGCCAAUAAAUUUAGAUUUGAUUAACAUUUGGAUUCUUUUAGUCUCACAACUCAUAAAUAAAUUUGGAGUAUUGCACAUCAGCAUUCAGGUUUAACCAUAAUAUAUGAUUAAAAGAAAUCAAACUGUAGAAAUGGAAAUAAGAAUGGAUACUACCUUUGUUCAAGAGUAAAAUUACCCAGUGAAUUUUUAGUUACGUGAACUGGAUGUCUUUAUGUGAAAUGAUAACUUAUUAAAAUGAUUCCUAUAUUAAAAAUUUGAAAUACAGCAGAUCAUGGUAUUGAUUCUCUACAACAUUCCAAUUACUUUGUGAUAAAAUCUUAAUAUAUAAAUUAAAUUGCUUCAAAUGAUAAAACCUUAGCAUAUACAUUAAAUUGCUUAACAUGUAAAUUAAAUUGCUUCAAAUGAUUAAUAAUUCAAAUGGUUAAUAAUGAAUUCUGUGCUGCAUUUGAAUGUAAAGCUGUAUUGUUCAUUUGAUCAGUUUUAAGCACCAAUCAAUCCUGAAAACUUGAACUGCGUUCUGAAAGGUAAUUGCACUGACUUUACUCACUUACCUCAGAUGUUACUUGAUUUUCAGUAUAUCUUCCUUUGCUCAUUAUUUACGUUAAUAGUUGACUUUUUCUUGAAUGCAAAAAAAAGGUAUGGUAUUUCUUGAAAAAUAUGUAAGUAAAAGAAGCUGGAAACAAACACCACAUAUUGUAUAGUUCCAUUUCUGAGAUACACACAGUAAGCAAAUCCAUAGAGACAGAAAUCAGAUUAAUGAUUGCUAGAAGCUGGGAGUAGGGAAUAAUGGGAAGUGUUUCCUCUGGUAGAGAUGAAAAUAUUCUAGAACAAGAGAGUGGCAAUGAUUGCACAACAUUGUGAAUGUACUAAAUGAAUUGUAUACUUUAAAAUGGUUAGAAUGGUAAAUGUUUUGUGUAUUUUAUAAUUUAAAAAAGCAGGGGGAGGGGGCUAUACACACUCAUUACCAAAGUCAAAACUUAGGGUGUUAUCAAGGUGUGCAUAAGCCUUAGCUAUGAUAUUUAGAAUUAGAGUGCUAGUAAUGUGACAAAUUUAUUCAGUUUAAAGUCCUAAUGGAAUUCAUGCCUCUCAUCACAAGAGCACUGCUGGCAGCAGCAGAAAUAAAGUGUAAUUCAUCACAAUUUCUUAUAUUUAAUACAACUGUGACAGGGAGCAAUUGGUUUCCAUGUCAAUGUUAAUUUUCCACCUUUUACAUUGUAUUUUGAUUCCAUGUGGCACAUCUUCAUCUCUUUUUAAAGGUCUGUUUUUAAUAUCAUGCUUUCAAAAUAUGCAUAAUUUCAGGGCUUUUUAAAAAGAGUUUUAUACCUUGUGUUCCUUUUAAAAAGCAAUGAUGUAUUAGAUAAGACUAAAUUAAUAAAUUGAAUUGAUGUAUACAUUUUGUAUUCUGUAUUUUCUUGUGGGAAAAAUAUUUGAAUCCUGGGAUUGGUGGAUACUUCAGUGAUUAGUUUCUCAUUUCAUAUUCCCAGAAGUGGAAGCUGAGUUUGUCUUUGUAUUCCUUCACCAAGCAUUUAUGGUGCACUCAUGCAAGACACUCUCAGCUUGAUUCUGAAAGAUUGUGACAGGCAGCAGAGGCAGUAGCCCCAAUUAAGCCACCCUCUGUCCAGCCCUGGGGAAUGGGGAGGAGCCAGCCCAAUGCAGAAGCCCCACCCCACCCACCUCACAGGCCAUAGCAGCUGGGUCCUAAAGCAAAAAAAAAAAAAAAAAAAAAAAAAGUGGGAGAGAGAAACACAGUAACAGACAGCAACAGGAGUCUUCAAAGAAUACCACACCACAGAAAGAGAGCAAUCUCCAGAAUCCAGCCACAGAAACAUGAAAGAUUGUGUGCUUCCAUCAGAAUUCAAAAUGGCCAUGAUAAAUUCAAAGAAAUGGAAUAAAGUUUAGAAAAACAAGUACAUGAACAUACUGAGAAACUAAAAGGUGCCUAACAUCAUAAAAGGAACAACUACAACUUUUUCCUCCCCUCCCCACGCCUUCCUAUUAUUAUUCCUAGAACUACACUACCGGUGCUGCUGUUGCUACCACUGCUAUAACUACUAGUAUUACUUCUACUACACUGUAUCUGGUAACUAUGCCAGCUAUAUGGACAAAAGGACAAGUUCCACACAACGGCAGACUUUGGCAAAGAUUUACUUUAAAUGGUUCUUCACGUAAUGCUUCUCCAAACACUUAAAAGAGAUAUUCUUUGGUACAGUAGACUAUACAUGGUCAUAAACUUACUUGAAAAAAAAAUACACUUAUUAAUCAUUAAGUAUACUUGUAUUCAUGUCUUUGGGAAGCAGGUGUUUUCAGAUUACUUGAUGCCAAUUAUUUACC